AUGGGACAAAUAAAUCAAACAAGCAUUUCAGAAUUUUUUCUUAUGGGAUUUUCCCAGGGCUCAGAGCAUGAACCAAUCCUAUUUGGACUGUUUUUGUGCAUAUUUGUCGUCACUAUGCUUGGGAACCUGCUCAUCAUCUUGGCCAUCAUCUCUGACUCCCACCUCCACACACCCAUGUACUACUUCCUCUCCAACCUGUCCUUUGCCGACAUCUGUUUCACCUCCACAACCAUCCCAAAGAUGCUGGUGAAUUUGCAGACCCAGAACAAAGCCAUCACUUAUUCAGACUGCAUCACUCAGAUAUAUUUUUUCUUGGUUUUUGGAGGUAUGGACACAUUGCUCCUCACGGUCAUGGCAUAUGACCGAUUUGUGGCCAUCUGUCACCCUCUCCACUACACAGUCAUCAUGCACUCCUGCCACUGUGGCUUAUUGGUUCUCAUGUCCUGGUUUAUCAGCUUGACAUACUCCCUCAUCCAAAGUCUGCUGAUCCUGCAGCUAUCCUUCUGUACCGACUCAGUAAUUCAACAUUUUUACUGUGAAAUUGCUCAGCUCCUUAAACUAGCCUGUUCAGACACACUCAUUAAUCGUAUACUGAUAUAUAUGGUGACUAGCCUUCUUGGCAUUGUUCCUUGCUCAGGCAUCUUUUUCUCCUACACCCGAAUUGUCUCCUCCAUCCUGACAAUCCCAUCAGCUGAUGGGAAGUAUAAAGCAUUUUCUACCUGUGGGUCUCACAUGACUGUGGUUUCUUUAUUCUAUGGGACAGGCCUUGGUGUAUAUUUCAGUUCUGAAACAUCACUCUCUUCCUGGAAUGGCAUGCUUGCCUCAGUGAUGUAUGCUGUGGUCACCCCCAUGCUGAACCCCUUCAUCUACAGCCUGCGGAACAAGGACGUAAAGAGAGCUGUGCAAAGACUUUUCAGAAGACCUCUUUGUAUUCUGUGA